AUGAGAGCGGAGAAGUACAGUGCUGCUGCCUGCCAGCCGAGCCUGGUGGGCGGGGCGCGGGGGCAGGGGCAGGCGGUGGUAGCGGCGGCCCAGGUAGAGGCGGGGCAGGUAGUGGCGGGCCAGGUAGUGGCGGGCCAGGUAGUGGCGGGCCAGGCGGUGCCGGGCCAGGCGGUGCCGGGCCAGGCGGUGGCGGGCCAGGCGGUGGCGGGCCAGGCGGUGCCGGGCCAGGCGGUGCCAGGCCAGGCGGUGCCGGGCCAGGCGGUGCAGGGCCAGGCGGUGGCGGGCCAGGCGGUGGCGGGCCAGGCGGUGGCGGGCCAGGCGGCGGUGGCGGGCCAGGCGGUGGCGGGCCAGGCGGUGGCGGGCCAGGCGGUGGCGGGCCAGGCGGUGGCGGGCCAGGCGGUGGCGGGCCAGGCGGUGGCGGGCCAGGCGGUGGCGGGCCAGGCGGUGGCGGGCCAGGCGGUGGCGGGCCAGGCGGUGGCGGGCCAGGCGGUGGCGGGCCAGGCGGUGGCGGGCCAGGCGGUGGCGGGCCAGGCGGUGGCGGGCCAGUCGGUGGCGGGCCAGUCGGUGGCGGGCCAGGCGGUGGCGGGCCAGGCGGUGGCGGGCCAGGCGGUGGCGGGCCAGGCGGUGGCGGGCCAGGCGGUGGCGGGCCAGGCGGUGGCGGGCCAGGCGGUGGCGGGCCAGGCGGUGGCGGGCCAGGCGGAGGCGGGCCAGGCGGUGGCGGGCCAGGCGGUGGCGGGCCAGGCGGUGGCGGGCCAGUCGGUGGCGGGCCAGUCGGUGGCGGGCCAGUCGGUGGCGGGCCAGUCGGUGGCGGGCCAGUCGGUGGCGGGCCAGUCGGUGGCGGGCCAGGCGGUGGCGGGCCAGGCGGUGGCGGGCCAGGCGGUGGCGGGCCAGGUAGUGGCGGGGCAGGUAGUGGCGGGGCAGGUAGUGGCGGGCCAGGUAGUGGCGGGGCAGGUAGUGGCGGGGCAGGUAGUGGCGGGCCAGGUAGUGGCGGGCCAGGUAGUGGCGGGCCAGGUUGUGGCGGGGCAGGUAGUGGCGGGCCAGGUAGUGGCGGGCCAGGCGGUGGCGGGCCAGGCGGUGGCGGGCCAGGCGGUGGCGGGCCAGGCGGUGGCGGGCCAGGCGGUGGCGGGCCAGGCGGUGGCGGACCAGGCGGUGGCGGACCAGGCGGUGGCGGGCCAGGCGGUGGCGGGCCAGGCGGUGGCGGGCCAGGCGGUGGCGGGCCAGGCGGUGGCGGGCCAGGCGGUGGCGGGCCAGCAUGAAGAAACAGCCGCCACGCAACCCUUCGCCCCGGGCGCCCGGGAGAACUCCAAGUUGAAGGUGGGGACGGACCAUUUAAAACACGUACCAGGCGUUAAGAUCCAGAGGCCUAGUAUUGUAAAUUGA